AUGCAUCAACAACCGAAUGUUCAAAGAUUUCCACAACAGUAUUAUAUGAAUCCAAUGGGAAUGGGAAUACCAGGACAAAUGGCACCAAAUAUGCAAACAAUGCAGAGCACUAUGCAGAGACCUCCUCCCGCCAUGCCUCCUGCUGAAAAGCCAGUAGCUCGCGAACGAAAGCGUCUAUUGAUUUGUGAUCCAAAGACGAAAGAGGCAGUUGACGUUCACGGUUUGGGCGUUAAAGAUGCUGGUGCAACAGCUCAACCAUCAACCGAGCAAACAGCAGCCACUUCUGAAAUCAAGAAGCAAUGGUUUGAAAUGGUCAAAGCGAAACUUGAUGUGAAACCGACAGGUGGGAAUAUA